GUGAAAGCUGGUCUUCUAAAGCAGCGUAAUGGCUCGUUACGAACCAAACUUGACCGAUUCUUGUUCGCAUAUCGGAUCACACCGCUAGAGUCUAUCGGAAAGAGCCCUGGGGAGGCAAUGUUUGGGCGUCGACUACGUACGAGGCUAGACCUACUUUUUCCAGACCCUCGUCAGACCAGGCGUUGCCAGCAACAACGUAUGCAUGAAAGUGGACGCGCACCAGUUAAGCCCCAGAAGUCGAUAGUGGAACGUGAUGUUUACACGAAACUACCACAUGAGCAGUUAUGGCAGCCUGGCACCGUGCUUACGAGCUCAGAAACGGAGGCCGAAAUACAACUAGAGAGUGGAGAGACAGUACGCAGGCACAAUGAUUUCAUCCGGCCCCGCACCCCAGUCACACCGUACCCUGGGGAAGAGAAAGUGGUUCCAGAAGAUCUGGAGGAGACAAACAAAAACCAAACGGAAGAAAUCGAUCAGCCGAUUGCUAUUCGGAAACCGCACCGCUCACCUAAGCCGAUAGAACGUUACAUUUCACAACUGUGAUUCCAUCUGUCACGUGAGGGGAUGUUACAUGUGUGUCGUCCGCUAAACC